AGCCCUGCCGAAGUUUCACUUUUUGUCUGUGGGUUCGCUCCCGGGCCCCGCGCGAGCUUUCCCGGGAUAAGUAGCUUUAGCGAGCAGGGGGACAGCCGGGCGCUGCAAGAAAUUGAAGAGAAUACUGAUGACUAGUGUGCUGGGAGAGGACUGAAGGAAGCCAGGCCAGUCCCUGCACCCUCAGAGCUUCUUGGGUGUCCUCUGGCUCCCAGGUGACCUGCUGCAGGACCUCUGGUGGGAUCAUUGAGGCUCAGAAACAGAACCGAAAAAGGAAUCCACUCACCUGAUUCUCAGUUUAGGGCUUUUUUCAUUAUUCUACUGGUCACUCAUCGGAGGGAAGAUCUUUUUCCUCAGUUGACACCAGCAUUGCAGUUUGCUGAAUCUUUGUGUCCACUGACCAUUCCAAGAGCUAUUAUCUGAGAUUCCAACAAUGUCUCACCCAUCUUGGCUGCCACCCAAAAGCACUGGUGAGCCCCUUGGCCAUGUACCUGCACGGAUGGAGACCACCCAUUCCUUUGGGACCCCCAGCAUUUCAGUGUCCACACAACAGCCACCCAAAAAGUUUGCACCGGUAGUUGCUCCAAAGCCCAAGUACAACCCAUACAAGCAAUCUGGAGGUGAAGGUGAUUUUCUUCCACCCCCACCCCCACCUCUAGAUGAUCCUGGUGCUCUUCCAUCUGGCUCUGGAAACUUCCCUCCUCCACCACCCCUGGAUGAUGGUGCUUUCAGGGCACAGGGAAAUCCUGGAGGCAAGACCCUUGAGGAGAGACGCUCCAGCCUGGAUGCCGAGAUCGACUCGUUGACUAGCAUCUUGGCUGAUCUUGAGUGCAGCUCCCCCUACAAACCUCGGCUCCCACAGGGCUCUGCUGGUGCAACAGCCUCUCCUCCAGUCUCCACCCCUGUCACAGGGCACAAGAGAAUGGUCAUACCAAACCAACCCCCUCUAACAGCAACCAAAAAGUCUACACUGAAACCACAGCCGGCACCUCAGGCUGGACCCAUCCCUGUGGCUCCAAUUGGAACACUAAAGCCCCAGCCGCAGCCAGUGCCAGCCUCCUACACUACGGCCUCCACUCCUUCAAGGCCUACCUUCAAUGUGCAAGUGAAGUCAGCCCAGCCCAGCUCUCAUUACAUGGCUGCCCCUUCCCCAGGACAAUUUUAUGGCCCAGGACCAGGGCACCAGGGUUAUAACACUCAACCAGUUCCUAUUUCUGGGCAGGGUCUACCUCCUCCAACACGGGGAGGCAUGGAUUAUGCAUAUAUUCCACCACCAGGCCUUCAGCCUGAGCCUGGGUAUGGGUAUGGCCCUAACCAAGGACGCUAUUAUGAAGCCUAUUGCCCAGCAGGGCCUGUGUAUGGGGCGAAAAAUGAUUCUGAUCCUGCCUAUGGUCAACAAGGUCACCCCAAUACCUGGAAGCGAGAACAAGGGUACACUCCCUCUGGGACAGGAAACCAGCAACCUGCUGGGAUGUACCCAGUUGCUGGUCCCAAGAAGACUUAUAUCACGGAUCCUGUUCCAGCCCCCUCUGCACCACCCCUGCAACCAAAGGGUGGACAAACGGUACCAAAGGGGCCUGCGGCUGGUCCCCCUUCAUUCCGCCCUGAAGAUGAGCUGGAGCACCUGACCAAGAAGAUGCUGUAUGACAUGGAAAAUCCACCGGCUGAUGAAUACUUUGGCCGCUGUGCUCGCUGCGGGGAAAAUGUCGUUGGGGAAGGGACAGGAUGCACUGCCAUGGACCAGGUCUUCCAUGUGGACUGUUUCACGUGCAUCAUCUGCAACAACAAGCUUCGUGGGCAACCCUUCUAUGCUGUGGAGAAGAAAGCCUACUGUGAGCCCUGCUACAUCAACACCCUGGAGCAGUGCAGCGUGUGCUCCAAGCCCAUCAUGGAGCGGAUCCUCCGCGCCACCGGGAAGGCCUACCACCCUCACUGCUUCACCUGUGUGAUGUGCCACCGCAGCCUGGAUGGGAUCCCGUUCACCGUGGACGCCGGUGGCCUCAUCCACUGCAUCGAGGACUUCCACAAGAAAUUUGCCCCCCGGUGUUCUGUGUGCAAGGAGCCUAUCAUGCCCGCCCCGGGCCAGGAGGAGACCGUCCGGAUUGUGGCUCUGGACCGCGAUUUCCAUGUUCACUGCUACCGGUGUGAGGAUUGUGGCGGUCUCCUGUCUGAAGGGGAUAACCAAGGCUGCUACCCUUUGGAUGGACACAUCCUCUGCAAGACCUGCAACUCGUCCCGCAUCAGAGUGCUGACCGCCAAGGCUAGCACCGACCUUUAAGUUCAGAGGCCCCUUCAGCUGGUUAGUUGGUGGCACUGAAAAAAAUGAAACACCAAAAAAAAAAAAAAGUAAUAAUAAUAAGAAAAGCAAUAGGAAAAUAGAAGAAAGGCAUUCAAGCUAUGGGAUGGUCUCUGUUCUUCAUGUAGUAGUAACCUUUCUGUAGAAACACAUAGAUUCUGAGAUUUUUUUUUAAUGUUCUUACCAACUACACAUUUCACAUUUAAUUAUGUAGGACCUUGAUGGGGCUUUGUUCCCAA